CCCUACUUCCCCGGAGAAGCUGGGACUGUGGCCGCGGGUUCCGCCGCCUCGGAAGCCUUCGGAGCCCUCGGUCCACCGCGGUGGUAGCGGCGGGGGCGGCGGCGACGGCGGCAGGUCUCCCGCGAGGCCGUGAUGCUGAGCUCCCGGGCCCAGGCGGCGAUGACCGCGGCCGACAGGGCCAUCCAGCGCUUCCUGCGGACCGGGGCGGCCGUCAGAUACAAAGUCAUGAAGAAUUGGGGGGUCAUAGGGGGAAUUGCUGCUGCUCUUGCCGCCGGAAUCUAUGUGAUUUGGGGUCCCAUUACAGAAAGAAAGAAGCGUCGAAAAGGGCUGGUGCCCGGCCUGGUCAACCUGGGGAACACCUGCUUCAUGAACUCGCUGCUGCAGGGCCUGUCCGCCUGCCCCGCGUUCAUCAGGUGGCUGGAGGAGUUUACCACCCAGUACACCAGGGACCAGAAGGAGCCUCCGCCACACCAGCACUUAUCCUUGACCCUGCUGCACCUCCUCAAAGCUUUGUCCUGCCAAGAAGUUACCGACGAUGAGGUCUUGGACGCAAGCUGCUUGUUGGAUGUCUUGAGAAUGUACCGAUGGCAGAUCUCCUCAUUUGAAGAACAGGACGCCCACGAGUUGUUCCACGUCAUCACCUCGUCACUGGAAGAUGAGCGGGACCGGCAGCCCCGGGUCACACAUUUGUUUGAUGUGCAUUCCCUGGAGCAGCAGCCAGAGAUAACUCCGAAACACAUAACCUGCCGCACGAGAGGGUCGCCUCACCCCACACCCAAUCACUGGAAAUCCCAGCAUCCCUUCCACGGAAGACUCACGAGCAACAUGGUCUGCAAACACUGUGAACACCAGAGUCCUGUCCGCUUCGACACCUUCGACAGCCUCUCACUGAGUAUCCCAGCUGCCACAUGGGGCCAUCCGCUGACCCUGGACCACUGCCUUCACCAUUUUAUCUCAUCAGAAUCGGUGCGGGAUGUCGUGUGUGACAACUGUACGCAGAUUGAAGCCAAAGGGACGUCCAAUGGGGAGAAGGUGGAACACCAGAGGACCACCUUUGUCAAGCAGCUGAAGCUAGGGAAGCUCCCCCAGUGUCUCUGCAUCCACCUCCAGCGGCUGAGCUGGUCCAGCCACGGCACGCCCCUGAAGCGCCAUGAGCAUGUGCAGUUCAAUGAGUUCCUGAUGAUGGACAUCUACAAGUACCACCUCCUGGGGCACCGACCCGGGCAGCACGGCCCUAAACCCAGUGAGAGCGCCGGGCCCUCCCUGGACCUGCAGGACGGGCCAGCCGCCCCCAGAUCAGUUUUGAAUCAGCCAGGGGGCCCGAAAACACAAAUUUUUAUGAACGGCGCCUGCUCCCCAUCUUUACUGCCUACCCUGCCAGCCCCAGUGCCCUUCCCGCUCCCGGUCGUUCCUGACUACAGCUCUUCCACAUACCUCUUCCGGCUGAUGGCGGUGGUCGUCCACCACGGAGACAUGCACUCGGGACACUUCGUGACUUACAGGAGGUCCCCACCUUCGGCCAAGAACCCUCUCUCCACCAGCAACCAGUGGCUGUGGGUCUCCGAUGACACUGUCCGCAAGGCGAGCCUGCAGGAGGUGCUGUCCUCCAGCGCCUACCUGCUGUUUUACGAGCGCGUCCUCUCCGAGAUGCAGCGCCAGGGCCGGAAGUACAGGUCUGAGGAAUGAGCGGCCCAGCCCAGAGCCAGGGCCACGGCGCUGUCCGCACGGGCCAGGAACGAGGCAAAGUCAGACUGUGUGUGCACACGCAAGCGGCCCCACUAGAGUCCUCGGCCUUCUGGUGUGUUCUAAGAGCAGGCUCGCGCAGGGGCCGGUGGCCCCAGUUCCACCCGGAUCAGUCUCCCUGAAUGGUGCGCGCCAGACGGUGUCCUUGGACUGGACAGCAUCCAUCCCGUCUAGAAUGUCUUUUUACUCACCUGCUAAUUAAAAGAAAUCCAGCUCCAGAAGCCACCGUUUUUAUAUUGGGCCAUGUUAGGUGUUCUCAGAGGGAAGGUAACUUUGUCUAAUCCUCUGAUGGCUUUCAGCCCAAAUCUUUUAUUUUUCGUAAGCUGGCUCAUAAAAAUCGUUCACAAGAAUUGGUGAAAUUAUUAAAGGCAACAAUUUAGAAGAAAAAGUGCCUUUCCCUUUCGAUUGCUUUUGUAGCACAGCCAUUUGGGAAAAUACACAUUGUCCAGGAGCCCCGUAAACAACUUUUGAAAAGCUCUAUUCCUUCCCAGUUUCUCAACGGAGAGCAGCAGGACAGCGAACGCCUGAAGAACAGCCACCUUCUCUCUCUGUGGGUCAUUUCUAAUCUUCAGAUUCUUUAUCUAUAGUAAAAGUGCACCUACCAGGCCUGCCCCUGGGAAAUGCUUUCCCUGCUCAGCCGGUUGUGAGUGAGCCCCCGGUCGCUCUUAACCCCCUGCCUCUCAGACCACCGAGAUGCAACUACGGUACGUCCUCAAAUUGUGGGAUUGCCAGCCUGGGGCAGCCACCGCGCCAACGCCCGCACUUCCUCUGCUCUGGACAGAGCCCCGCGGUGGACGGUUAUUCCAGCUCUGUUAGGAGCCCACGUGGAGCGCCUCAGGCUUACAGGUGGAGCUGGGGACUGUGUAAAAGGACAAUCCUAGCCUUGUUUUGAGAGCUGCGUUCAGAAGGAAGGGCCUGACGGUGGGGUGCAGUCUCUCUGAGCCUCAGUUUCCUCAUUUGUAAAGUGAACGGUUAAGACUCAGUGAGCAUCAAAACCCCAUCCCUUUCCACCAAAAAAGAAACUUCUCAAUUUUUAAAAAACCUAUCAUUACAAUUGGUGAUCUGGUAUUGUCAUUUUAUUACAGGUCCAUGUUCGAAAUUUAUCGGUUUCUAGUAGCCUGAUACAAAGACUGUUGAGCAUGCUCUUCCCUCUGGAAAAGUGUCAUGAAAGCCGCCCAGGACCACAGAAGUUUGAGGACACAGUAGUAUCUAUGUUUUAGCUAGGUUUUAUUUAAAAAAAAAAAAAAGAUACCAAAUUCAAACAGACUCUUCAGAGUUAAGAUUUGGAAUCAGAGCUGUCUGAAAGGUCCCCUGAGGUAAGGCUAGGACCACGCUCGCUUGGGGGUUGGGGGGGGAUGGCAGACACCUCUAGACAACGCCUGGGUGUCAGCUCAAAGCAUAACUGGCCAGGCGAUCACCAUCCUGCCUGGCCCCGCACCCCCAAGGACUCAAAACUCACUACCGAUUGACUAUACUGUGAAGGUUCUCCAGGCCACGGGCAUCAGGGAGAGCAGCAGUGCGAAGCAUCUGAGGCCUUCCCUGUGAUGCCCCUUCCUGACUGCGGGGCCGGCCCUGGCUUUGACAUUGAACCGAGCCUGCCUGUUUUGCCUGAGUCCAGUGGAACAAAUGCCCAGUUAUGUGACCUUAACACUGCGCUUCUGCCGCUGCUUACUCCUUGAAGUCUGCCACUAAAGAGACACGCUGGGCACAAAAGGGGACGCUGGGCACAUGAAAGGGGACAAUCCUCUGAAUGGUUAGCUGUCAGCAGAUCCUUGGUCAGAGGCCAGGUGUGAGCCAAGGUCUUAAAUGUGAAUGAUCCCCGUGCAGAAUCUCUUAACCGGACUUAAAGCUGACUUCCUCAUUCUGUAAAUUAUUAGCAGCAGCCACAUCAUCUUAUUUCUGGCUUUAAGUUAUUUACAAAGUGGCUUCUCUUGGCAAAAACCAGAAGUUAAACUAGUAGUUUAUGCCAUGAUAACUGCUGAUUUAUGUAUUUGCUAAAGGUACCUUUUGUAUCUGCUGUGUAUUAUAGUAAUAAAAGAAUCUUUUUGUUAGAAAAAAA